AUGGACAUGUCUACCAGCAUCAAUAGGUCAUCUCGACCUCCAAGAUUCAGGCCUACGCCUAUACAAUCCAUUCUAAGCGACACUUCUAAGUGCACGUCUUCCUCCGAACCUCUGACGGUAUCUAUAGGAGGUAAGUAUAUCGCAUUAGAAGACAAGUAUAAGAAUGAAGGACCGUCGGAUAGAUGGGCUGUAGGAUUCCUACCCGAAAGUCAAAUGACAAAUGAUCAUCCAGUGUACUCAGCUACAAUCAAAACUAUUGCAGGAGACGAAAGUGAAUUGGAAACCCCUGUUUCUGUCAUAAGUGCUUUGUCACGCAUCAUGCAGGCACAGUUUAACCACAAAUGUUGUUAUAUCAUGCCAUCCAUCAGUUUCGUUCAGGGUGACAAGCUUAUCAAGAUAGGCUAUCCAUAUAGUCCAGCUGAUGGGGUUGCGCAAAGUAGUAUCGCACUCAUCGGCGCAACCAUCACCCGAAUGCAACACUCAGGCCAAACAAUUGCCGAAAUUAGGGACCGAUUCGAUGCCCCUCAAUUUGAACGUAUUUGGAGAAAAUAUCCGGGUGCUCAGGAAGGCUUUGAUGGUUCGAAUUCGAAACAAAUUUCUUCUUUGCAAGAUGCCUUACGAUCGGAUGACGCGGAUCCGCAAAAUACACCUGCAUUGAAGGACUGUCUCGAUGCAUGGUCUCUAGCCACCGUGAGCUAUGACCGCAAAAGUAGAGAUGGAAAGCACGAUGAAUAUUCAAUCGAAUAUCUACCUUCGAAUACUGGAGCUUUCAUCGAUGAUUGGAAACUGAACCGAUUCGACAGACGGAAAACCACUGAAGACACUGAAACAAGGCUGAUGCGAGCUACAAAAACAGCUACAAGUCUCCUUGCUACAUUAUUGCACAACGAAUGCACAGACGCCAAGAUCGACCUCUACACAGAGGAAGAAUUCGGUGUUCGAGUUAUUCAGAGCAGUAAUCCGGAAUCAUGUAGGAUCAGUUUGACUGAUUACAAUUCCAGUCGUCAAUAA